AUGGGUCCUAUUACUCGCAGUCGCAGUCUUGCUACUGCUCACUCUGAGCUAAAUAACACAUUGGGAAAAGCAGUUGGUCGAUUGAGCAUGGUUGAGAGCGCGCAGCACGACAUUGCGGACAAAUUGUCUGAACUGCUAAAAGCUGUUGAAAGGUCAAUUAAGGCGAGCGAACAAAAUAAGGAGACUUUAACAGAAGCCCACGAAUUAGGCACUCGCAAGCAUACAGACUUAAUCAAAUCACAACAAGAACAACAGGUACAACUUGCAACAUUAAUCUCACAAAGCACAUUACAGAUAGGACCAGCGAUUCACCCGACACCUUUUUAUGGAAAACCCACAGAUGACCUUCUGUCGUUUAUAUAAGCCAUUUCGAAAGGUUCUCGAAUUUCUGCGGUUGGAAUGAUGACCAACGUCUUAGAGCUUUGCCACUUUAUCUACAGGGUAAUGCUAGUUCAUGGUAUGCAAGUUUUGAUUCAGAAACAUUGAAAUCAUAUAAUGAUUUAGCUACUGCUCUUAAAGCCCACUUUACUAAUCCUGCUUCUAUUUGGCUGUGGCGCCAACAACUGUCUGCUCGAAAACAGGAGGAACAUGAGUCCUUGUCCUGACAUUAGGCAUUUAUGCAAACGUUUGGGCCUUACUGAUUUAGAUGUAAUGCACUAUUUUAUUCAAGGUCUUCGCCCUGAUCUAAAAAGCCAUGUUAUCUCUUAGGGCAGCCCAAAAGUUUAUCAGAGGCUGAAAAUCUUGCGAACCUUUUGGAGGCUGUGUUAAAACAUACACCUGAUUUCACUCAGCAAAAACUCGAAAGUCAAUUGCAGUCUGUAGUAACAAGUUUGGAACGCCUUACAAAGGCGCAACAAAACAACAUAUCAAACAGUGUUGCCGCCUAUAAUCAUGCACUUCAGAUGUGACCAACAUCAUGGGGGUCAGUCCACUCUCUCAGGUCCCAGACAUGAUUCAGAUCACCUGGCUAAGUUGGUUCGAGACGAACAGCGUCGACAAACCAGGUUCAUAGCACCAACAACCAGGCCUUCAAAUUCAGGCGUACCAUCUUUUCGCAACCGCCGUACUACCGAUGGAUUACCUAUAUGCAAUAAGUGUGACAAAGUUGGUCACAUAAUUGCUCGCAGUUGUAGGAGUAUUGGUAAUCCCCAUGCAACACAUCCUUUACAUAACCAAACCUCUCGCCCAAAUGCACCUACUUUUCGACUUGGCUUAUGAUGUAAUAUUUGGUGCAGAUCUCUUGACGCAUAUAUUAUCAAUCUGUUAUCAACUCUGACACUGGAGAAUUGCAGGUACCCCCUCCUACGGAUACACCACCACCUACGGAUACACCACCACCUUGUCCGAUACCUAGUCAAGUGGAAAGGAUAUAUAGCCCAAAACACAAUUCAUAUGGGUUGACGAGACGAACGUAGUACAAACUAACGCCAACGAACAUUGACAACUGACUAUGCUUUGCCUUGGCCUAUUGAAGCUUUCGCCUUUCGGAUCAUUUUGCUCUGAAUUGAACGGUAUUCGUCCUCCCCAUUUUUCCAUAUGACUAUAUGCUUCUCUCGACGAACAGUUAGCUCAUUAUUUCCCCCUUCUCUUUCGGACCGACACAUUGUAGUUAUGGUAUAGCGAUUAUGGUAUGGAUUAUUUUGUCGUUUGUGAGAAGAGAAUCGUGAGAGCGUCCAGUUUUGUACAAAUGUGUAAUAUAUGUUAAUCAUUGUGUAUCAUGUGUUAUGUCUCAUUCGUUUUGUCCUUUCCUUGACACAACAAAGAAAACAAAUCACUUGUUACCAUCUUUUUGGUACUUAUCUCCGUCAACAUGCCUUACAGAUUAAGGUUUGUACUUGUUCGUAUUUGAGCAUUCAUUAUGAACUAUCGAAAAUGAACUAUCCCGGCCAAGAAUGUCAAGAAUAGAGUUGCGAAUUAAAAAAAGAGAACACUACAAUUCUGGAGCGAUAGCACAUUGACCGAAGUCCAAGGUUGUGGCAGCACAAGCCAGGAGCACAAAGAAAACUAUUACUGUGGAACAUUUUUUUCUAUAAUUUUGUUUAAUAAUUAAAUAAUUAAAAAAAAAGAAGGAAAAGAAAACCAGGAGGUUUUCAACUAAAGAUGGGAGAUAUGUAAGAGGACCAUUGACCUUUGUUAUGUGAACCUUUGAACUUUGUUUGGUCAUUAAGAUUAGGAUGCGCACGCACCUAUGGACAAUGCACAAUGAACAAUGAACAAUGCACCUUGUCUUAUGUAAAUAGAUAUCGAUACGCACGUUCAUUCGAGAGAUUUGAUACAUAGCACGCACUGGGGAAACAUUAAAGGAUAUUAAGAGAUAUACGUAUUAAAGUUUUACUUGUUGUGGAUCUAAUCAAGCUGUCCCCCUAACGGCCUCGACGAUCCCGCGUGUUGCUAUAUAAUAACAACGAAUAAAGAGGUCGUUUUACAAUUAUCUCGCAAUAAAUUACAACGGCUUACGCUGACGCGCUUAGAUUGCUAACGCAAGCAGCGGCGUAGCCAGCUCGAUAAUUGGGGGGUCCAUAUUCAUAUACUCGUGUUCUGCAUUAUUAAUUUCUUUUGAAAUGGAUUGUUUUUAAGGUCUGUGAACACGAAUAUAUGAAUAUGGACCCCCCUAAUCAUCCGAGCUGGCUACGUCGCAAGCAUUUAAAUAUGUUUACUUGCGCGCGCGCGCGCUUGAAAUUAGAAGCUUUAUAACUAGGUAGGUAGGUAAAACUUUAUUUAACUACGCUAACCCCUACAGCGAAGGCUGAUUUCCAAAGGGGGCGUAGAUUUAAAUAGUUAAUAAUUAAUACAAAUUAUGGUCAUACAUUACAUUACAGUUAACAACAAUUACAAUAAUUUACAAAUACAAAGAGUAUAUAAUUAUUUACAUAUUAAAUUAAUGUUAGUACUAUGCAAUAUUUUUGAUUAACGUAAUUAAUUAAUUAAUUAAUUGGCCAGGUGUCGUAUACAUGAAUUAAACGAAGCAAGAGUAUGUUUGUUUCUUGCUUCAUCAGAAAGGCUGUUCCACAAUUUCGCUCCUCUAUAACUAAGACUUUUUUUAAGAUAUUCAGUCUUAGGUUUGGGCAAAAAGAGUUUGGUGGAAGAGCCUCGCAUAUUAUAGUAAUAAGAGGAAGACGUCCUUUGAAAAAUGUUGGUUAGUCGUUUUGGCGCCAGUUCGUGAGUUAUUUUAUACAUAAGACUUGCUACGAAAUGUGUUCUGCGUUCACUUAAAGGUUUCCAUUUCAGUUCGUCUAGAGCAAGUUCAGAUUGACCGUGUUCGUUUUUACGGCCAGUAAUAACUCUAGCUGCCCUAUCUUGUAGUUUCUCGAGUCAAUCAGAAAGAGUGGCACCAAUGGUGUCCCAAACUUCGCAACAAUAAUCUAGGUGUGGAAGUAUAAGUGCAUUAUAAGCACAAAUUGAUGUAUUAUGAUCCACACAAGAUUUUAGCUUUCUGAUCCCAAUUCCGGAUGAAAUCUUCUUAGCAAUUUUAUCAAUAUGCUUAUCCCACAAUAGAAACUCGUCAAUAUGAACUCCAAGUGCUUUUGUUUCUUUGACCUUUUUAAUUGGUGUAUCACCAACAAAUACAUUUGGAGCAGCAAGUAAAUUAUUUAUGUUGUACCGAGAUCCUAUUAGUAGAUACUCAGUUUUGACUAGAUUAAGAGAUAAUCUAUUUGCAGAAAGCCAUUGUUUAACGUUGGUAAGGUCAUGAUUUAUGGCCACCUCUACAUCUUGAAUUGACUUGCUAGAUACAGUUAGAGUCGUAUCGUCGGCAAACAUUCUUGUCGACGAUUACUGUUAGGCAGAUCAUUAAUGUAGAUCAAGAAUAAGAGUUGGCCAAGAAUUGAACCUUGAAGGAUUCCACAUGUAACCAACUUCGUGCCCGACAGAGCGCCAUUAACGGAGCGCAUGAUGGCUUCAUGAUGGUUUAAUGAUGGCUUCUGUAGGCCAUAAAGAUCAAGUUUCGUUAACAGGAUGUCAUGAUUUAUGGUGUCGAACGCCUUUUGUAAGUCUGCUCCUAUGCCUACAUUUGCUAAACAGCUCAGAUCUUAUAUUCAAUGUAUUAUUUUUGUCUGAUAACAUAAUCAUUCUUUUUUCCUCGGUGCACAGACAACAAAUUCAUUCUUGGGAAAACGGCUGGAACUUGCUUCAUAACCGACCAUUUUAUUCGGAAUGAUUUAUUCUGCGAUUUAAGACCCCAAGUAUAUUUCGAAAGUUCCGUCUCUGUCGAAUAGAGCUCAUUGUUCAAUGAUUUCAAAUGGUUGCUAUAUCUUAACUUGAAAGGACCCGCCGUCAUUCCUAUAUAAUUCUCUUGAUCACUUUCCCAUUGUCGCUUAUAAUCUGGGCUUUAUACACAACGCUUCUCACGAGACAAUUGCCGUUCAGUGGACAUUCACUUUUAAUUCUGCAGUUACACGAUUUCGAGGGAAUUUGGGAUGGAUUCUGAUUCUUAAGAAUACGCCGGUUAUGGUUUGAAAUUGAUGCUUUAAUAUUGUUCAUGCAUGAAUAACUGACUUUGACAGAGUUUCGAUUGAAAAUAUUUGUGUAGGAUCGAUGAUUUUGGGAAAUGCUUAUCUAUUAAACGAAGGAAAUUUUCUGCAACUUUCGUCUUCACGUUCUUGCUGUUUAUUAUUUUGCUUAAGGUCUUUGGGAAUGCAUGAAAAUUAAAUUAUUCUAAAUAUUCAAUGACCCUGGGGAAUCAAAUUCUAAUGUUCCAAGAACGAAACGUCAAGUGUUUUUUUAUAAAUACACCUCGUUUAACGAAGGACCAAAGAGUUUCGAUAUGUUUAGAAUAUGCAAGGGUAAAUAAUGCUCGUGAGGUUAUACAGGCGGCGUUGGGCAGGUCUCUGACAACGAUCGUGUACUUUCUGACUAUAGUACGUCUAAGCACAGGUUAUUGCUCUAUUAAAUAUUUAAUAGGCCGCUUUUGGCUAAUUCUCGACACUUUAAAAAAUGGUUACUCAAGUUUAAACGCAGCUCUCUCGGUCAAUAUUGCACGAAAAUGCACAGGGCGUAUAUCAAAAUUUAAGUUAGACAAUACUGAAUGCAAUGUACGUAGUUCACGUGUAAUAGCUCUUUUAGCUUUUAAGUUAAAACAAAUCAAACAGGUUAACUUUUUUUACACCACCCGGUACAUAUACAGUGCUAAAAAAAAACCAUCAGUCUGUUUCAUCCGUAUAUGAAUCAUCAGGUGGUGAGUAAUUUCGAAAAUGUAGGUUGCUUUUAUGCUAUCGAAAGAAUGUGCGGAAUGCGUGUAGGCGAAAGAAUGCUUAGGCGAAACAAUUGAUGCUUAAGCGAAACAAUGCUUGGAUCAUAAAAUUUUCUUAACGACCUAGUUUACUCGAAACCGGUUUUUGUGACGACACUUGCCGAAAAUUUCGCUUUUUUUAUUGAGUAAAUCAUCUUUGUUUAUGUCUUUUAAAAUGCAAAAUUUUUCUUCCAAACAUAAAUUGCAGCGUUUUGAUUCCCCUGCAUGUGUACGAAAUAGCGUGUUUUAAAAUUGACCAUUUGAUGGUAUAAUCCUGAUUGUUUUCUUUUAAUUUCUAAAUAUGUUUCAAACGUUCCGUUUUGUUUGAGUCUUUUUUAUGACGAAAAGAUGAAUAUAAUAUAUAUAUAUAUAUAUAUAUAUAUAUAUAUAUAUAUAUAUAUAUAUAUAUAUAUAUAUAUAUAUAUAUAUAUAUUUAUACAGUCUCAACCUGUGUCUUGUUUUGGAUCAUAUAUUGUAUUCUCAAGAUGUCUUGUCUUUUUGGAAUUUUUUUUCCUUUACUUUUUGAAUUGUCGGCUGGUCAUGGGUCAUGGUUUUUUAACAUUUGUCUAUUUUAGAUUUGAAGAGAUAUGUCCUGCAAGCCUUCGGGAACGGCCAAGAAAAUUUCGAUAAAUUUUAUCUCAGAAGUCCUUCAGUCCAUUUCCAAAAAGCUUGUUUUCACUUCAGUUAUUUAGCUGACGCUAAACCAUGGGAUGAAGCUUUCCUUGGACGAUUGUUUCUUUUCGUUGAGAGGUUGAAUGAUGGCGAGAGGUUUCCUGUUUGGAGUCAGAAUGUUUAUUACGGAGCUGAAUGGAAUGAUAUUUAUGUUGAAAUUGUGCUGCCUUUUAGUGAAUAUAACGUAUGUUCUAUCAGUUAUAAACUGUUCUUCCUAGUGAUCCAGUAAGGUGUGAUCCAUAAUAUAGUACAAUUUUUCUUUCUUUAGUUUAUUGUUGAAGGCCAGAAGAUAUCUACAAAUUAUCUACUCCGCGAUUUUUCGCUUUCUUCAAGUUAUGAAAAUUGUCCAGCCGCAGGUAAUAUAUAACGAGUACAUUUAUUAAAGUGGCUAUAAUCCUAUAUAUAUAUAUAUCACUUGUGGGACCUUUACGGAUUUAAAAAGAACGUAAAAAAUUAAUUAGUUAAUAAGUUCAAAAGCUUUUUUAAUUUAGUGCAAUAAUUUCGAAGAUACUGGCCUCUAAACUACCCACAGUUCCUGAGUUCCAGGCACCUAUAUGCACAAAGGACAGUUUCGAAAAAGUCCAAAUUCAAUAGCCGUGUUUAGGCCCAAGGAGGCUGGGACUCAGGAACAGUCCGUUGUUUAAAGGCCUAUAUCCUCAAAACAAUUGCACUAAAUCAAAAAAAUUCUUUUGAACUUAUUGACGAACUUUUUAAUCUCUUUCCAAAUCCAUAAGAGUCCCACAAGUGAUAUAGGCACUUUAAUAUUCACUCGACCUAUAGUAAAUAUUUUCUUUUUUCUUUAUUCAAGCUGAGAAAAAGUUUUAUAUAACUCAAAAUCCAAACCAACCAGAGAAAUUAUCAAUUUCUGAAGACUCUGGAUACUGUGGCUUCUUUCCAAAUUGGUAUUUUAUAACUGCUGUCGUACCGAGUCCCAUCUUUCCUCAAACUGUAUAUGUAUACUCUAUAAACGACUUCCUUAUAUUGAACACUGAACGCAAUGAUACACUAUAUGGCGAGUUGCUGCGUUAUUUUUAUGUUGCCAAUGACAAACUAUUCAACCAAUCGCAAGCCGUGUAUACAGUGUUGAGGGAUGGAGAUGGGUUUGCGUAUGUUACGGAGUUCCUACCCAGGCCGAUUCUCAACAGUACUAAUUAUGGUUUCUUUGUGAAAGAAUUUGCCAGCAUUGAAGGUGGGCAUAUAAGGAUGACGUCACUUUCAGGUUAA